AAAUAUCGCACACUGCAAACAAUGAUAAUAUUAAAUCCAACUUCACGGAGCAUUUGGGAAGGGCCGGGGGGUAGAAGGGCGCCAUACAAAGUUUAUUAUGUGAAGUGUAAUUUUGUUUUCUUUCUUCUUUUAUUAAUCUGCACGUUUCGCUUAAUUCUGCCAAUGUCAAGUGAUAAUAAAUAAAUAAUGUGAAAUGGAAUGAAUACAUCACUACUGCGAAAUCGAGUUGUCAUUGUCACUAUUUUGACUUUUGUUGUCAGCUGUCAAGCUUAAUGUCGAAAACUAUUUGCGUCAAAACAUUGCAAGGCUACUUGUGAAAACAAAGCAUACAUAAUAUGUUUAUUUGGAAAUACAGCUAAGUAAAAACAGCUGUUUAACGAGGUAAAUUAUAUUAGACUAUUGUUGAGUGAGUCCACAAUGGCAACUAUGGUGAAAGAAAAACGUAGAGAGAAAAAGAAAUACAAAGAGAAAACAUGUAAGGCUGGACCUGUAACAGAAUGUCCAAAGAUUGCAAAUCAGCUUGAUAUUCGCGAAGAAGAAACCAUUUUAAUAGUUGCAGAAACAUCAGCAUCAUCCAAAAACAUUCCUGAAUAUCCAACAACAAAGAAUUUUAAUGCUGAGUUGACACAAACCGAUCAGAAAGUUACACAAACUAAUUAUGUUCAAGAAGAAGAAUCAGUUCCUCCAGUCUGCACUAUAAACUUGAAUACAAACAUAAGCAUACAAAAUAUAGAGAAUCAAAAUGUCUAUUUACAGUGCACUGAGGAUUUGGACAAGGUUAAUUUAUCUGAUGUUUCAAUAGGAAGUGAGGCUAAUGAAUCUAUACAACAUGAUUCCCAAGUUGCCACUGAACCAUCUGCACCAUCAGCUCCUAUUAUGGAAGAUGAAGUACAUUAUGUUGCACCUAUGAAAGAAAUGCCAGUUGUAAAUGAAGUUAAGAAACUAGAAAGUAUGCCUUUGGAAGAAGCUAUGAAACUGUAUGGAGGAACUGUGAUCUCUGAAGUUAUAGUAAUGAGUGAAAGAGAAGAAACUAUAGUGGAGGCUGGGCCUACAAGUGGACCAGAGCAUCCCCUGGUAGAUUUGUUAUCAACAUUUAGGAGCUCUCUUAUAGCUGUUAAAAGGGAAGGAGCACAACUAGAAAUUGGAUAUGCUGAGGAGGAAAAAUUUAGGUUAGCCUUGUGGAAAAUUGAUAAAAGAAUUUUAAAUAAGACUGAGAAGUGUCCUUGUGGUCUCCUUGUCUAUUUUAAGGCUACAUAUGAGCAUGCUGAAUUACAAACAGAUAAGUUGCCUAUAGCACGUUUGAGGUUGGACAAGAUGCUCAAAGAUGUACAAGAGUCUUACUGCCACCACCAGCAUGAGGCCUUAUUAGCUCACUAUCAGGUUUGUAUUUGAUAAAAUAACUAUAUUUUAUUCAUCUAGAAAUAAAAAAUGCUAUAUAUGGUAUAGAUGUCAUGGCCAGAUCAUAGAAUUGAUCAAUUUAUGAUAUACAACAAUUUUGUGAAAUGGCUGGCCAUGUCAUGAGAUGAUCAUUUUCUAUGUCCCUAAUAUUUUUUUUAUUUACCUUCAAUCUCCCUAAUAUUUUUUUUAUUAGGGACAUUGAAGGUGCAUCAAUUAAAUUAGACGGAGAGCUCAUGCCAAAAUAGCAAGAUUUUUCUGUCAUUUGAUACUUCAGUAUUUGAAAAUACUAAGAUAAUACACUUCUUAUCAUCAUAUGACAAUUACUAAAGUUUUGGU